AUGGAAGAUGAGGAUGGUGUUGAAGCACCUCACCCAUCCCACCCAGCAAAGGAACUGUGGCCAUAUUGGCCUGGAGGCCUACAAGAUCAAUGGGACAUUGACCUCACUGACUCAACAAAGGAGUGUGACACCGGCGCUGCAGCUGCGUCACCCGAACUUUUGAGCUCUUGCGUGGAGAGAUGCCACGCAGAAGUCUUGCAGAGGUUAGACAAGCAAGAUGAAGUGCUGAGGCGGAUUCAUAUCACUUUGCUGAAGCAGCCAACUGCAAGAGCCUUGAACACCGACAUCAAUUGUAAACUCCCUGAGAUGCACGACAGUGGUGAAUUUGGCCAGCUGGACAUUACCAAUUCGCUUAUUCUUGGAGAGGAAAAGGUGAAGGUUUGCACGCCAGAGGUGUUCCACACCUUCACUGAAGCUGAUUUGGUCUUGCGGGAGAGGGCCGCAGAGGUCGACGGGGACCUCAGCCGGCAGCUCUAUGCAAGUGCUGCUAGCACUCAGGGCACGCUGGAUAGAACACGCAAAGAACGACUGCAACUGUGGUUUCGCAACCUUGUGAACUCGCCGGCCUUUGAUAUGUUUUUUGCCUUCGUGGUCCUCACCAAUUCAGUGUUUCUCGGGAUUGAAGUAGAGCUUGGCAUGCACACCGAUGAACAACCGUUUGCGCUGGAAGUGGUACAGCUCAUAUAUGCCGGGCUCUUCACCGCUGAGCUGGCCAUGCGCGUGGGAGCUUUUGGCCUCGGCUAUUUUUGUGGUAGUGACUGGAUGUGGGCCUGGUUGGACUUUGGGAUCGUGCUCAUUUCCCUCGUUGAAAUCUUCGUGGACUUCCUUGACAAGGUGCGAACCGGCGGCGAGGUGGAUUCCAAUGCCGUGGGAAGCUUCACGGGGUUCAAAGCCUUGAGACUUAUACGCAUCACACGCCUUUUGAAGACAUUGCGCGUGGUAAGAAUCUUCCGAUUCGUGAUGGCACUCCGCACUUUGGUCACCUCCAUUGUCUACACGCUCCGCUCGCUAUUCUGGGCACUCACAUUGCUGCUGCUGAUUGUAUACGUAUUUUCGGUGCUUAUCACGCAAGCAGUGGAUCCGUAUUUGCGUGAGAAUCCGCUCGUGUCCCUGCCGGACGAAGAGUUGGAAAUGGCUCGUGCGCAUCUAAAUUCCUUGACGCAAACGAUGUUGAGCCUCUUCAUGAGCAUCUCUGGCGGCUUGAACUGGGUUGAUUUGGCUGGUCCCCUUCAGGCAAUUUCGACCUUUUGA